AGCGGGCACUCGAACCUGAGCUCUGGUGCGGGUUCAUCAGCCUCUCUUCCAUCGACUGAGACGAAUUUGCCUGAUCGGUCGCUUCCUGCUUUGACCAACAUGACAGACCCACGAAAUGCGGAAGAGGGAGAACCCGAUGCAGAGGUUCCACGAGGAGAGGGAGGACCCGUUACAGAGGUUCCGCAAGGGGAAAUGCCUAGCUCGACGGAUCCAUUUUUGGAGCUUUUUGAAGAGAAGCCUAAUGACAAGCGGAAGCGUAGCUUCUGCGCGGACGAGUCUCCCGUGGGAGACUCGAAGAGGAUCAAGGUGUGCUUUGCUGGAGUUAGAUCAGAAGCCCUAGAGGCGCUGAAGGGUGAAAGAGCGCUGGAAUCCAGCAACAGACAAGGCAACGAUGAAGGUCCAUCCAACCUUGCACAGGGUUCGCAUCAGCCCGGGACUGCGAGCAACGAAGAUUCUUCGAGAGAAACGUCAAUCGCUGCCAUGCCGUACCUGAGCUCCGGUGCAGGUUCAUCAGCCUUUCUUCCAUUGACUGAGACGAAUUCACCCAAUCAGUCUCUUGCUGCUUUGACCGACUUGCCACGACUGAAGGCCGAAGAGGGAGAGCCCAAUACAGAGCUUCCGCAUGGUGCGAGAACGCAUGUUGCACCGGCUGUGAGUCGACCAGGUACCCAUAGGCUUGCCGACACGACUAUGACAUCUCUCAAAAGAAAUCUGGGAGAACUCAUCAGCAGUCGCCUAGCGGCUAUGAACAAGCUAAAGUCGAAGUGGAGGAGGAUAGAAGAAGAAUACUGGAGGGUAGCGCGGGCAAUCGAAGAAGGAAUAUCUUUUCCACCUGAGAAAGUAGCCGAGGUGGAAGAGCUGAGCAAAGGAAUUGAAGAGAUUUGUCUAGUUCUAGGAAGGUUUUGGCCAGAGGGGAAGGCACUUGCUUCACGCAGCAAAACAUAUCCCUCGGCGACAGUAGAAUUAUUAGGCAAAGAAGCUCGACGGAAGGUUCAUGAGAUUUUGUUUUAUUUAAUGGAGGAUGACGUUUCCAUAAUUGGUGUUUAUGGAAUGGGUGGGGUGGGCAAGACGGCCAUUUUGAGGCAUGUCUAUAAUACACUCCAUGAAGGUCUUGCCUUGGAUGUAUUCUGGGUUGCUGUACCUCAGGAUUUUAGUGUGUAUGCGCUACAAGAAGAGAUUGCCAGUGCGGUCGGACUAGUCAAUCUCUCAAACGAGAAGGACAUGAAGAGAAGGGCGGACCUAUUGUAUGGACAUCUGAAUGUGAAGAAUGGACCCGUCCUAAUUUUAGAUGGCCUUUGGAUGCAUUUUGAAGCUAAGGAUGUGGGAAUUCCGGUUGAAACGGGCAACGUAAAGUUGGUAGUGACAACUCGAUCACUAGAUGUGUGCAGUAUGAUGCAGUGUCAAAAGCAAAUCAAGAUAGAACUUCUCGAUAUGGAAGAUUCUUGGGAGUUGUUUUUAAAGAUGCUUUGCUUUGCAGGAGAAGUCCCCAAGGAAGUUGAACAAAUUGCAAGGUCUCUGGUUGAUAGGUGUUAUGGUCUGCCACUUGGGAUCAUUGAGAUUGCAUCUCGCAUGAAAGGAAUAGAGAAAGUGCAUGAAUGGAGAGGAAUGCUGGGAAAAUUAGAAGACUCCCGGAUGGAGCUUGACGUGUUCAAGAGUCUGCAACUCAGUUACUGGAAGUUGGGUGAUGAUCAGGUGCGACGGUGUUUCCUGCAUUUAGUACUUUGUUUUGGACAAGAAGAAGCCCUUCUAGCAGGUUCAAGAGUGGACUUGAUAGAGUCUUUCAUAGAUGAGGGUUUAUUAGGUGGAAGUGCCACCAGGCAAGGACUGCACGAUCUGGGUAACACCAUAUUGGAUAAAAUAAGAAGGGCCUGCCUGUUGGAUCCAGAAAGAAACGAUCUGUAUCUACACCCGUUGACAAGGGGCAUGGCAUUGGAUAUAGUGAGGACAACUCACAUUGUUAAGGACCAUAUGGGGUUGAAAGAAAUACCGGAGGAAGUAUUCUGGCGCGAUUGUCUAGAGAAAGUCUUUUUACAAGGCAACAAAAUAGAAGAAAUCCCGGAGGGCAUAUCACCAAAUUGCCCUAAACUGACGGGGCUGUAUUUGAGUGCCAAUGUCGUGUUGGGAUUCAUCCAUGAAACUUUCUUCAGACAUCUGAAGGGGCUGACGGUUCUAGAUCUCAGCGAGACCCAAAUCACGGAAUUACCGGACUCCAUCUCUCAGUUGGAGAGCUUGGAAGCACUGUUACUGAGAAACUGUGUAGAAUUACGUUUUAUUCCUUAUGUUGGAAAGUUGGGAUGCCUAAGAAAGUUGGACCUCCAGGGGUGUGAAAGUCUUGAAGAAGCGCCAGAGGGGAUGGAGAUGUUGGUAAACCUGAGGUACCUCGACCUAGAUGGCACAGGGAUCGAGACAUUAUCAGAGGGAGUGUUGGGGAAGCUGGUGAGCUUGCAAUAUCUCGCGAUUAAAAUGCUGAGGGCAGGAGAAGGGGUAAAAUUAACAGAGGUGGAGGCACUUAUUUGUUCUGUUGCCAAUGUGGAAACGUUCAACGCAUGCCUGGGGACUCUCGAGCGAAAUAGUUCCCGACGGUACAGCCUCGCGGUGGGUCCACCAGACAAGCACUUCUUUUGUAGUUUGGAUGAGACUGAGAGGUACAUACACAUCGAUAGUUGCGACCAUAUCGCUGCGAGUGCAGACGGAACAAGUGGUGAUGGCUGCGCUCUGCUUCCGAAAAGUGUGCAAUCGUUGGAAUUGUCCAGGUGUCAUAAAAUGAAGAGAUUGAUGGAACCGGAGGGGCUGACCACUUCCCUUCCAAAUCUGCAGGAGAUUAGAAUAUAUAGUUGUGAGAAGGUAGAGGAGAUAAUAUGUGGGCCAUUGCCGAGGGGAGUCACUUGUGGCCUUACAUAUAUUGGUAUAGAAGCAUGCAACAACAUGAAGAGGGUGCUGCUGACGCAAGACAUGUUGCUCCACCUCCCUUUCCUCCAUGAGAUAUCAGUCAGCGACUGCAAGGGCAUGGAGGUGAUAAUAGGCACCGUUGCCAAAAUGACGCACUGUUGCUUCCCAAAGUUAAGGAAGCUGGCUCUACGGAAUCUUCCCGAACUGAAGAGCGUAUGUGAUGGGACCACGAGCUGCGAUUCCCUCGAGUGGAUCUCUAUAGACAACUGCCCGAAAGUGAAGAGGAUUCCUCUGCAGCUGCCCCUGCAUGACAAUGGGCUCCCUUCUCCUCCCCCUUCUCUUCGACAGAUUCGGAUAAAUCGGCAGACGUGGGAGUCGCUGGAGUGGGAUCAUCCCCUUGCCCGUUCUUCACUUGAACUAGUGAAGUUUCUUGGUAAGUCACCCACAAAGUUUGCUGCUCCUUUUAUCCUUUCCAUCUCCCUUGGUCCCUAUCCUUAAUAGCAAGUGUUAUAACACGUAAGCGCUUAGGAACUAGCAGUUAGGCCUGUGCUACACACUGAUAAGUCAGUUCUAUUACUGCUUGAAAGCUAGCGUAAUGGUCAUGU